UCCUUUGGUGAUAGAAAAUUUGGAAAGGCUUAUGAAUAUUAAUCCGCAAGUAAAAUAUGUAGAUAAUUAUAAAACUUUUAGUCAAUUAGAAAUAAAUCCUUCUUUAUUAAAUUCGGACACGAGUCACUUUUACCCGAUUAGCAGUUCCUUGAUAAAAUUCGAUCUGUCCAUGACCGCUGACAUCCGUGGAAUUCCAGAUCACGUCCGACCCAAUAUCAUUCCUUCAAUCUUUGCUUCAAAAGUACGUGAAAUUGAUCCUAUAAAAAUGUUCUUUACUGAUGGUUCUAGAAUCGACAACGCGACUGGCUUCGCAGUGUAUAAUGAGGGCUUUGAAGCUUCGUUCAAGCUUCGAGAGCCAUACUCCGUUUACACUGCUGAGCUAGCCGCUAUUUACUGCACCUUGGAACACAUUCGCACACUGCCCAUAGACCACUAUUUCAUCUACUCGGAUAGUCUCAGCUCCGUUGAGGCGAUUCGAUCGAUGAAACUGAUGAAGCGCUCUUCCCAUUUCUUGCUGGAAAUUUCUGGGAUAUUGGGCGCUCUGAUCGAAAAUUCGUAUAGAAUUACCUUAGCUUGGAUCCCGUCUCAUUGUCUUAUACAAGGCAAUGAGAAGGCGGACUCAUUGGCUAAGGUGGGCGCGUUACAAGGUGAAAUCUUUGAGAGGAUAAUAACUUACAAUGAAUACUUUUCAAUACCUCGCACUUUAGCGAUUAACGCUUGGCAGUCUAGCUGGGACAAUGGCACAAAGGGACGUUGGCUCCAUACGAUUAUCCCUAAGGUUCCGACGAAGGCAUGGUUUAAGCAUUUUAACUUGAGUCGCGACUUCAUUCGCGUGAUUUCUCGGCUCAUGUCAAAUCACUGCUGGCUUGACGCGCACUUGUUUCGUAUUGAUCUCGCUGCAACCAAUGUUUGCGUUUGUGGGGAUGGCUACCACGACAUCGAUCAUGUUGUAUGGACGUGUGAAAGUACUACCUCUCAUCCAACGGGUUCGACAUAUUCCUGAAGAAGGCUGGCCAGAAGGUUGGAAACCGAUACCAUGCAAACCGUAGCUACCGAAACCACAGCUAAAGGAGGCCACCACCGGACCCUAAUGGAAAACUG